AUGGGCAAUUUAACCUUUCAGGACAAGAAAUCUUACAAGCAGCUGUUCUUCUACAGCCUAGAAUCCUCAUACAUCAAUGUUGAGAUGCUCGAAGAGAUGAGACAGAGAUGGAAAGCCAGAGGUCGGCCUCUCUACAUGAUCCCUCAAGAAUUUAAGGAAGGUAUCCUUCUAGAAAUGGAGUCAAAUAUCAAACUAAAUUACUUAAAAUGGACAACUUCAGGUCUUGAAAUAGACAUUCUGAUCAUGUUCAUAACAUUAGCUCUUUUCGCACAGGAUACGAUUGAAAAAUAGGAUUUCGAUCCUUUUCAGAGUGUUCUCGAUCAGCUCAGAAGAUAAUAUGAGUGACAUAGAGCUAAGAUAUAUGAUUGAAAAGACCUUGUGAGCCAUCAGCAAUACCCUCUCCAUAAAGAGAGACCACCUCUUUGAGAUCUACAAGACCAUAGAGUCCAAAAUAGGAUUCAAGAAGAUCUACAGCCAACAGGUAUUCAGGGAACUAAUCGAGAAAUUACUCAAAGACUUGACCUAUGUCUUGGACGAAUCCUAUCAGAAUAUUAACCAGCUGGUUGACAACCUGAAAGAGGAAAAGAUCAACAAAUAUUUUGAACUUGGCUCUCUCUUUCUAGGCAAGUAUAAAAUCACAGAAGUCUCCAGCUAUAGAUCAAUCUGUAGAGCCAAGAAGGAAGCCCAAAGAGUCAUCGAUGAAUCAGUGUCCAAUAAAACUUUAAGAGAUAAUGAAACAGAGAAUAAGAGAGGGAUGAAGACUAUCUCAAGGUCAAUGUCUUCUGAAGAAUCAAAGAGCCACAAGUUCUUCAUUGGACCAGGAUCGAGUAAAAGCAAGUACUUGUCUCUAUCUCAAGACCAUUUGUUGAACCAUUUCUAUGUGAACAAUCUAGAGUAUGCAUACAGGAUCAAGACGAUAGAAGUCUAUGGGAUUAAUGAUGAAGAGAAGAGUUUUGAUAUCUUAAUGUCACAUACCACUAACAAAAUAUAUUGCCAACUGUUGGACUUCAUCUCUUCCAGAAAUGAUGAUGACCAAUCAGAGUCAAUGAAUCCCUAUUCUAACUUCAAUUUCAUAAAUUCAUCCAUCUUGGUGAAAAUGCUACUGUCUAUAAAUUUAUGGAGAGAGACCUUAUUGCUGAACUCCAUUAACGAGGAAUGUAUCCUGAAGGUUACUGACUUCGGACUGCUUCCUAGCAGUAUAAUCUUCCGGGAGACAGAGGACUACUCUGUCUACACUCUUGAAGACUACCUCUCCCAGAAUGAAGCUGACGUGUACGAGGAUACCCUCAACGAGGAGGAUAAAUAAGAUUGACAGAGACUCCAUCUCUCGCUCAGUUAGCCACCAAAAGAGCUAUGAUGAAGAACCGACAAUCUUCAAAAGAAGGAAGACAGACAUGUCUGAAGACAAGAGUAUUGAGCUGAUUCUGAAGAUCAUCAAGCUUGUUGAAACCCUCCAUUCUAAAGGAAUUGUCCAUACCAACCUAAACCCUUGAGAGAUCUUCUUCAGGGUACAGGAUGAUCUUAACACUCUAUGAUUCAACUCUUUGUUCUACUGUUCUUGGGACCCAAAGAAAUUGCUAAAGAAAAAGAUCCCGAACACUGAGGAUAACCCUUCAAUUUAUGACCUAACCAUGAGGAGGAAGGAAUAUCUGAGCCCUGAGUAUAUUGAAUACGGGGAGAAAUUCCAACAGAUAGGUAAAGAUCCUUCCUUUUACGGUAUGGAGAAGUCUCAGAACCCUAAUUUCUCAAACUCAGAACUCUUCCAAAAUAUGACAUUUGAAGAGUCAAAUCGCAAAAUUAUGAAUAAAAUCGGCAAAAUCACUACAUCUUGUGAUAUCUUCAGUAUUGGAGUGAUACUGUUCAAAUGUCUGAUUGGCACGACUCCGCCUUUGUCAUUCUACCAAUCUUUAUCGGAUUAUGUGAAUUCAAAGGAUAUCUUUGAAAAGAAACCUAGUGACAACAUUUAUUCCCCACCUGCCUUUCUACAAAAGUUCAUUCUAUCAGAUGGGAUGUGAUAUAUCCUCACAAGGCUCUUGCACCCAGAUCCUUCAAGAAGGUAUCAGUCCUUAUUCGAGGUCAGAAAAGUCUUGCUCGACCUCCAGAACAACUUAAGGGCAGUCCCAAAGUUGCUCCAAGAGGUUCUUGGACAUCCUGAUGUGCCUAAUACUCAAACUCUUGAUUCUAAAACUGAUGAAAUUUCUUCUAAGAAGCGGAGGAAAUCAGCAGAUCAGGAUGGCUCUGAUGUAUCAGAUUUCAGAUACUCUAAGCUCUCUGAAUUCUCUCUAAAAUACCUAGCGAAGUUCAUCUACGAGUCUCAUAUUGAUUGCAUCAGAAUAAAUGGAGGAAAGCUACCUCUCAAUAUGAUAAAGAUGAAUAUGAUUGUUGACCUCGACUUGUCAAGUAAUACACUUUACUCAGAAGAUAUCUUCAUCCUUUCUAUCUACCUUAAGAACACAACUGUGCUCAAAUAAGAUCAGCUUUGCAAGGAACUUUAUUGGCUAUAAAUACCUCGAGGAGUCCAAAGUAAUCGAGCUAAAAAUUCAGAACAAAGAGAAGAUCAAAGACUUAAGUUUCGAAGAGCUCUUCUAUGACUCACUUGGCAUUGAACACUUAUCUUUGGCUCUCUCUAAGCGGCCCAUGCUUGAGUACAUUGAUCUUAGUGAUAAUGAUAUCGGGCCGAAUAAUUUUAAACUACUCAUGAAGGUUUUUGAAGUCAAUCUGAACAUAAAGUUCAUCAAUAUCUCAGAUUCAAAGAUCAACGGAGAUACUGUAGCUCAAUUGUGCUUGAUAUUAACUAAGAACAAAUCUCUCAAGUCAUUGCUCAUGCGAAACUGCCCUAUUGGAGAUAAAGGAGCCAAAGCUGUCGGACAGAUGAUCCAAAACCACGUCUCUCUCCAAGAACUUGAACUCUUCAACUGUGAUAUUAGCGAGAAAGGAGGCCAAUACAUCGGAGAGGCCCUAAAGACAAACUUUUGUAUUGAGAAGCUCUCAAUCGGGGAUAACAACCUUGAUCAAAGCAAUGUUGAGGAUAUUCUCCAGUCAGUAAUUUUCAACACCCAGUACAACCAGCUUAAGGAGUCUAAUAGGAAGUUCGAAGACUUCGCUCAUGAACUCAUCAGCGAAUGAAUCAAAAGGUGGGCAUCAACCAGCGAUUUCGUUAUUGAUAAGCUUAUGAUCAGGCUAAAACACCCUCAGGAUGAACUUGAUCGACAAAUAGCCCAGAAUAUGCUUGAUCAUGACGGUAAAAUGUCAUUUGAUGAAACCUAAUAAUCAACUUUUCAAA